CAGCGGUCUCCAUCUCUGAUUGUCGCCGCCCCAUGCCUUUGAUUCGCAAGGGCUAUUACCUAGUAUAAGAGAAGUAUCCAUUGUCAGGACUGCAUCCGCACGAAGACUUGGGAGGAACAGGAGAGCUGUGAGCAGCGCCACAGGGUUCACAUACAGUAGGGAGUUGUCAAGCAUGUAAUGACGUCGGUAGGGUGCUUUUGGCUGGCUUUGAAGAGAAGAAGCUUGUGAGUGUAGGUGGUGAACCAGCGGCCGCCCGCAUCGAAAGGCCUUAUCCUCAAUGGCGCCGACAGCGGCAUUGGGCGCCGCAACUGGUUUGAGCUCGCCAGCGAGCCUCUUUCCUCUAUCCGCAAAUGGUCCCCGCUCCAGCCACAGUCGAUCAAUACAUACAAGCGGAUAUGCACACUCAAAUGAACAACCAAACACAGUCAAUGUUUUGUGUCAUCCAACAAAUAGAUUGCUACGCCCGCAGGCCUUUCCAUCUGCUUCCGUUGCUAGGGGCAGCCAAUGUGGUUUCUUGACAGGCAAUGGAAGCGACUGGUUUUUGCUGCAUACUAUGAUGCAGAAGGAGAAACAACGGCAUGGUGGCCGGACGAAGGUCAGCAGGGGCGCUCGGGCAGACUUUUAUCAGACACUCGGUGUUUCAAAAAGUGCAUCCAAGGCGGAGAUCAAGAGCGCAUACCGGAAGCUGGCGCGGCAGUACCACCCGGAUGUGAAUAAGCAACCCGGUGCAGAGCAAAAGUUUAAGGACAUCAGCAAUGCAUACGAGGUGCUUUCAGACGAUGAGAAGCGGCCAGUCUACGACCAGUACGGGGAGGCAGGCCUCAAAGGUGGUGGCAUGGGCGGGGGCGGUGCUUACGGGGCGGAUCCGAUGAGCAUCUUCGAGCAGUUCUUCCGGGGGGGAAUGGGAGGCAUGGGAGGCAUGGGGGGUAUGGGUGGAAUGGGAGGCAUGGGGGGUUUCGGAGGAAUGGGAAGGAGGCAGCCCGUCAAAGGAGAGGAUAUCCGGUUCGAUCUGAAGCUGGACUUCCUGGCGGCCGUUUUUGGAGCGGACCGGGAGUUUGAGGCACAGCACUUGGAACAGUGUGGUUCUUGUGAUGGGACGGGAGCCAGGGGGGGGAGCAGCCGAAAGACGUGCUCAACGUGCGGGGGUCAGGGACAGGUCAUCACGACAUCACAGACGCCGUUUGGUGUGUUCCAGCAGGUAGCGACUUGUCCGACAUGCUCGGGCGAGGGGGAGGUCAUCUCAGAGUUCUGUCGAAAGUGUGGGGGGGAGGGCCGGAUACGCGUCAAGAAGACCAUCAAGUUGAAGAUUCCUGCGGGCGUCCAGAGUGGGAGCACGUUACGAGUGCGGGGGGAAGGGAACGCAGGGCCGAGAGGAGGGCCGGCCGGCGACUUGUACGUGUAUCUUAGCGUGCAAGACGACCCUGACAUCACGCGGGAGGGACAAGACCUGUUCUCUAGGAUCAGCAUUAGCUACAUAGAGGCAAUUUUGGGCACGGUGGUCACGGUGAAGACAGUCGAGGGCGUGAAGCAGCUGCAGAUUCCGUCGGGAACACAACCGGGGGACACUUUGAUGAUGUCCAAGCUCGGGGUGCCGGCACUCGGCAACCCCCGGCAACGAGGGAACCACUACUUCUCAGUGAAAGUGGGCAUCCCGACGAAGCCCAGUGCCAACGAGUUGAGCUUGAUCGAGGAGCUAGCCGAGUUGCAAAGAGGGGGGGGCCGGCGGCGGGUGAAAGCGACCCCCGCGCGCGCCGCUGCAUCCACGAGUGCCACGUCAACCGCCAGCACAUCGACGCCCUCCUCGACCAGUAGUAAACGUGGCACUCCGGGAGUGACCCGCGAGUCGAGCGCGGGCGGCAAGCCCCGGGCACAGGAGAAGAAAGAGGAGGGGGGGCUCUGGGGGACUAUCAAGAACGUGAUUGGAAGCGGCGCCAAGUGGCUGAGUGAUAGGCUCUGAGAGACCGAGGUCAAAUUGACCUGGAAGGGGCUCGUCCACGGUUUGACAAUAAAGCACUAGUCAACAAGUUUUCUGCUAGCGAGCGAAACACUCAUUUUGCAACUUCGAGAAUCUUGUGAGCAUAGUAACUUCGUCGUCUUUCCGGAGUAAGCUUGCGCCAAGGGAACGGUCAGCGCAACCCAUCAUAUGCACGACUGACCACCUUUGAAAGCUUGUGGUCGCUGCGAGCGAGUGUGCAAUAGUAGGCGGUUCCCAGAACUCUGUGAUUGUAUGUACAAACGACAAGUUGCUUGCGAUUGUUUACGGCUGGGCUAGCAUGUUUGUAACAAGUUUAUCACUG